AUGUCGUGUCAGUGCCAACAAACAAACAAGACCCCAGAAGUGGCUGCCUCCUCCGAGGACGCCACCGGGGUUUGCAACACCUCUGCUCCCACGAGGAGUACCGUCGGGCCCAAGCCAGACGCCUCCGCGGAUGUCAGGGAGGAUUCUCCUCCUCCGCCUCAGCAGCCACCACCGCAACAGCCACCAUACUAUUAUCCGGGCUGGUCUUAG